CUGACACAAGACAAUCCUCAGCCAUCCAUGAUCCGCACGCUGUCUCUACUACUACGCAAUCGAGGUUCCAGUCUGCUGCCUUAGUGCCUCGACUAUGUACUCUUCUAGAUGCCAUUUUCCCCUCCUAUCCUUAGUGUAUACGUUCCCCCUCUGCUGUUCAUGCUUUCCCCAAACCCGUUCUCUCUCUAGACUUCCAUGGCCCUCCCUCCGCCGUUGUCCGUUGCGGUCCGACUCUGGCUUUUUUUCCUGCUAGCUGCCAUCAUGUCCUCCUACGUAAACCCACUUGGUCAGACCACACACCGCUUACCCCUGCCUGCUCACCUUCUGCUCUGGCAGCCGUGUCAUCGAAGAAGACUUCUCGAAGCUUUGUGCUUUUCCAGAAUCCUGCCUGAUGUCGUUUAGGGCCGUCUGCCCGCUCUUGCCUGUCGAUCCAUCGACCAUGCCGCAUAAUACCCGGCAUAGUAACAGCAAUGCCUGUCAUCUCAUCUUCACCUCGGACAAAGCCCACACACCCGACGCAUCCUUAUGCUGUUGGGAUGCUGCUUCGGCCUAUCUCG